AUGUCAAAAAAGUUAGAUAUUUUAAAAGCGAAAUUGCCAAAAGCUCCCACAGGAAGAAGACCUAUUGGAUAUAGAGGAAAUCAUCAGCAUGGAAAAUCAUUGUAUGAUCCUGUUUAUCCAACAACAAAGAUUCCUACAAGCUUAAUUCCUCGUUACCCAAUAGACUGGAGAAAUGGUGGCAGGUUUUUAUUAUGUGUUGGUUUAAGAAGAAUUGAAAACAGGAUAAUAAAUAAAAUGAAAGAAAGUCAACAUUUUAAUUUAUGUGAAUGUAAUGUUUGUAAUGAUAACUGCAUAAAAAUAUAUAAUAGAUGUUUAUGUGCAUGGUAUUGUAAAUAUAAAUAUAGACAUGUGUAUAAAUGUGAUAAUUUGCUUAUAGAUUACAAAGGAGAAGUAAAAACAGAAAAACCAAUUUUUACUUUGAAAAAAGAAGUAGCUAAAAAAAAUUUAAAAAAAUCAGUAGAAUAUAUAUACAAUAACAAAACUAAAAUUUUUGAAAUUAAAGAAAAAGAUGAUAUAUAUAAAAAGUUUUACCAAAAAAUUCAAGAAAAUUAUUCUAACAAAGAUCAUUUCUCUGAUUCUGAUUCCGAUGUUACAGAUAGUGAUGAAGAACAAUAA